AACAAUUUUAGAAAUAAAGAGAAAAUAAAUAGGAAAAAAAUGGAAAAUUUUAGAAAUUUAUUCACAAUCAUUAUUGUUUUGUUAAACUUGUGGCUAGCAAAAGCUAAUAUUGACAAUUUAGUGCAAAGAGCUAAUAUUUAUUAUCAGCAACCUCUUCAUGAUGGUCAAGCUCAUGAAUUCACUUUGGAUACAAUUGUUGAGCCGUCCAGUAAAACGGAUAUUAAAGUUAUUAUACAUGGAUUUCUGGGUAACCGUUUUCACAACUCGAUAAGACCUUUAAGAAAUGCAUACAUGGCCCAAGGUAAGGAAAACGUUUUCUUGGUGGAUUGGGAAAAUGCAGCUAAUUUAGAUUAUCCCAGUUCUAGAUUGGCAGUAGGAAAAGUUGCUAUUUUCCUUGGAAAAUUAUUGGAAAACUAUUUAAACAAACAUGAAAUACCUCUGUCAGAAGUUCAUUUAAUAGGACACAGUUUGGGUGCUCAUAUUGCCGGCAAUAUGGGACGUUAUUUUAAUGGCUCUAUAGGUCGUGUAACGGGUUUAGAUCCUGCUCUACCUCUAUUUACCCCCAAUGCAGCCGAUAGUUUACACGCGAAUGCCGCUUUAUUUGUUGAUGUUAUACAUACCGAUUUUCCGGUAUUUGGUGAUAAUACACCUCGAGGUACAAUGGAUUUUUAUCCAAAUUAUGGUCAUACCCCACAGAAGGGUUGUGAUGAUGUUGAUAUUAUUAGUGCCAGUAAGUUAAUAUUUGAGGCUUAUAGCUGUAGCCAUAAUAGAGCCGUGAUAUUGUAUGCUGAAUCAAUUGCUUUGCCACAAAAUUUUCCAGCUAUACCCUGUUCUUUAAUGGCUAUAAGUAUGCAUUCUUCUGACAAGUGUCUGCAAAAAAUAAAGGAUAGUAGCUUAAGCAAAUCGUUGGCAGAUGCUAUUGCUGCUAAAAAUGAUGCACUCAUAGCCUAUAUGGGAGAAGGAGUUUCUAGAAGCGCCUCUGGUUCUUAUUAUUUGGAAACUUAUGAUGCGCCACCUUAUGGCAUGGCUUUGUAUACACAACUAAAUUGACUGUAUAAAUAACUACAAUACUAAACGGGUUGAUGGCUUCGUUAUUA